UUCACAUAAAAGGAGGGAAAUAUCUCUGACCGUCAGAUCUAGAACUCUAUAUUACUCAUCUAAAAUUCAAAAAUAAAAAAUCUUUCUCUCUCGAGAUUUAGCCAUAUAUCUAGGGUUCAUCCUCUUAUUCACUCGUCAUUUCUCUCUCUAAUCUCGAUUCUACUAUCAUUUUCUCUCUCAUCACUCUCGCAUUUACUGAGAAGUUCGUCGUCGUUAUUAUCUGUUAAAGAUGAGAGAAAUCCUUCACAUUCAGGGUGGACAAUGUGGAAACCAAAUCGGAUCCAAGUUCUGGGAGGUUGUAUGUGCUGAACAUGGCAUUGACCCAACUGGAAAAUACAGUGGAACUUCUGAUCUUCAGCUUGAAAGAGUCAAUGUUUACUACAAUGAAGCCUCUUGUGGGCGAUUUGUCCCUCGUGCUGUUCUCAUGGAUCUAGAGCCUGGUACCAUGGAUAGUGUGAGGACUGGGCCAUACGGGCAGAUUUUCCGCCCUGAUAACUUUGUGUUUGGACAAUCAGGUGCUGGAAACAACUGGGCAAAGGGCCACUACACCGAGGGGGCUGAGCUUAUUGAUUCAGUUCUUGAUGUCGUGAGAAAAGAGGCUGAGAACUGUGACUGCCUUCAAGGUUUCCAGGUUUGCCACUCGCUUGGAGGAGGAACUGGUUCCGGUAUGGGUACAUUGCUUAUUUCAAAGAUCAGGGAGGAGUACCCUGACCGAAUGAUGCUUACUUUCUCGGUGUUCCCAUCACCAAAGGUAUCUGACACAGUGGUUGAGCCUUACAAUGCCACCCUCUCUGUGCAUCAGCUUGUUGAGAAUGCUGAUGAGUGUAUGGUACUUGACAAUGAAGCUUUGUAUGAUAUUUGCUUUAGGACUCUCAAGCUAACUACUCCUAGCUUUGGUGAUCUGAACCAUUUGAUCUCUGCUACCAUGAGUGGCGUGACAUGCUGCCUGAGGUUCCCUGGUCAGCUGAACUCUGACCUCCGGAAACUUGCUGUGAACCUCAUUCCCUUCCCUCGUCUUCACUUCUUCAUGGUUGGGUUUGCUCCACUCACAUCUCGUGGGUCCCAACAGUACCGUGCUCUCACUGUCCCUGAACUCACCCAGCAGAUGUGGGAUGCUAAGAACAUGAUGUGUGCUGCAGACCCUCGUCAUGGCCGUUACCUCACUGCUUCUGCUAUGUUCCGAGGCAAGAUGAGCACCAAAGAAGUCGAUGAGCAGAUGAUCAAUGUCCAAAAUAAGAAUUCUUCAUACUUUGUUGAAUGGAUCCCCAACAAUGUGAAGUCUAGUGUUUGUGACAUCCCCCCUAUUGGCCUCUCAAUGGCUUCCACUUUCAUUGGUAACUCUACUUCAAUUCAAGAGAUGUUCAGGCGUGUGAGCGAGCAGUUCACUGCUAUGUUCAGGAGAAAGGCUUUCUUGCAUUGGUACACUGGGGAAGGUAUGGAUGAGAUGGAAUUCACCGAGGCUGAGAGCAACAUGAAUGACCUUGUGUCAGAGUAUCAGCAGUACCAGGAUGCCACUGCUGAUGAGGAUCUUGAGUACGAUGAUGAGGAGGUUGAUGAGGAUGAUUAUGAACGUUAGAGUGGUUUUUUUUUUCUUGCUUCCUCCAUGAUUUAUACAAUCCAGAGGAAGGAAUGUUGUAUACUCAGCUGUUUGGGUGUAGUAAAAGUAGGAAAAAUGCCCUGUUUUCCCCUCUGGCUAUAUUACGCUACAUUAGUAGUUCACUUCUGUUAGUACUAUUUUAGAGAUCUGCUAUUCCGUUGCCCAUAUACUUUGAUUUGAGCUAUUUGUUAUGUUCCUUGCAUUUUAUGUGGCAUGGAUAUUAUCAUAUUGACAUAUUGUCGUUUGAUAUAUGAUGUGCAUUUUUAUCA